UUCUCGGUUUCAUCGGGUGGAUUCGAAAAAAAAACUGCGAUUAGAUAAACGAGGUAGACACACAGACAGGCAAGAAGACAAACAUUCAGGCAGACAGACAGGUCCUGGAUUUAAAAAGAGAGUCUUGUCCUGGAGAAGACGCAACUGAGUGCCUCGGACACCAAGACAAGGAUGGGAAGUAGGAGAUAGAGAAGAAGGUUCAGUCGGAUCCGUCUCGUCGACUGGCUUUCUGUGGGAAAGGAUAACUUCAACAUUUUCUCCAGUGCAGUCCAACUAAGCCGUCAAACAACUACAACACUAUGGAUAUUCGAGAUUGCCCCUUUCGGAAGAAGAGGAGACCAUGGCGCGUGGACCUUUCCUCCUUUGCCCUGGUAACCGUGGCACUCGCCCUUUGCCAAGCUCCCGUGGCUCGUGCAGACCCCGUGGACGUGCUGCGGGUGCUGCAGCUGCCCUCCCUCCCCGAGGGGGUGAAGAAGGUUCCGGGCUUCUGCACCUCCCGCCGGGCCGGCAACGCCGACCAUGCCUACCGCAUCACCAAGAAGGCCCAGAUCUCUGCACCCACCAAGCAACUCUUCUCAGGUAAUUUCCCAGAGAACUUCUCCAUCAUGGCCCUGGUGAAGGCCCACGCAGGCCUGCAGGCGUUCCUGCUGUCCGUCUACAGCGAGCACGGCGUGCAGCAGCUGGGGCUGGAGCUGGGCCGCUCCCCCGUCUUCCUGUACGAGGACCAGACCGGCAGGCCCGCCCCCGAGGACUACCCCCUGUUCAGGGGCGUCAACCUGGCCGACGGCAAGUGGCACCGCAUCGCUCUGUCUGUGCAGAAGAAGAACGUCACCCUGCUGCUGGACUGUAAGAAGAGGAUGACCCGCUCCCUGCCUCGCAGCGCCAACCCCGUCAUCGACACCAACGGCAUCACCGUGUUUGGAGCCCGUCUCCUCGACGAGGAAGUCUUCCAGGGAGAUAUCCAGCAGCUGCUGAUUGCCUCCAACCCCCAGGCUGCCUACGACUUCUGCGAGCACUACAGCCCCGACUGUGACUCCCCCCUGCCCAAGUUCCAGGCUCAGGACCCCAAUACAUACAAGAACAAGGCUGCUGACAACGGCAAGCCAGCAGCCCCUAAACCUGCCCCUGUUAAAGCCAAACCUGCCCUGGCAAAAGUUGCAAAAGCAGCACCUGCUAAAGUAGUAGCCACCCCUGCUGCCCCCAAGGCAGAACCAGCUGCACCCAAGGCAGAAGCAAUUGCCCCCAAGCCCACCAAGGCAAAGCCUUCCCUGGCUAAGCCAGCAAAAGCCAAGCCCACUGCCAUGGAGGCUCUCCUAGCUAAGAUCAUACCCACCGCAGUUACAGCAGCAGCUAAGCCAAAACCUACACCUGCCCCCAAAAAUGGUGGUGAAAAAAAGGUAAAUGGCAAGCCUGAAGUUGAAAAGAAAGUCAAUGGCAAUGGCAAAGCCACAACUGAUAAAAUUGAGGCUAAAACAAAUGGUAAUGGUAAUGGAAAGCCAGUUGUAGAAAAGAAAGUUAUUAUCCAAGCUAAGGUCAAUGGUGAGGCCAAAGUCAAUGGCAAAGUCACAGAUGACAAAGUUGAGGCUAAACCAGCUGCAGAUAAAAAAGUAAAUGGUGAGGCCAAAGUUAAUGGUAAGGUCAAUGGUGAGGUAAAAGUCAAUGGAAAUGGAAAGGCAGCUGUAGAAACCAAAGUUGAGGCUAAAAUCAAUGGAAAUGGCAAACCAGCUGUAGAAACCAAAGUUGAGACUAAAGUCAAUGGAAAUGGCAAACCAGCUGCAGAAACCAAAGUUGAGGUCAAAGCCAAUGGAAAACCAGUUGCAGAAACCAAAGUUGAGGCCAAAGUAAAUGGCAAACCAGCUGUAGAAACCAAAGUUGAGGCUAAAGUCAAUGGAAAUGGCAAACCAGCUGCAGAAACUAAAGUUGAGGCCAAAGUAAAUGGCAAACCAGCGGCAGAAACCAAAGUUGAGGCCAAGGCCAAUGGCAAACCAGCUGCAGAAACCAAAGUUGAGGCCAAAGCCAAUGGCAAACCAGCUGCAGAAACUAAGGUUGAGGCUAAAGCCAAUGGCAAACCAGCUGCAGAAACCAAAGUUGAAGCCAAAGCCAAUGGCAAACCAGCAGCAGAAACCAAAGUUGAGACCAAAGCCAAUGGCAAGCCAGCUGUAGAAAUCAAAGUUGAGCCCAAAGCAAAUGGCAAACUAGCAGUAGAAACCAAAACAGAAGCUAAAGCCAAUGGCAAACCAGCUGCAGAAACCAAAGUUGAGGCUAAAGUGAAUGGAAAUGGCAAACCAGUUUCAGGAAAGAAAGAAAAUGGUGACAAAAAAGUUAAUGGCAAAGGUGCAAAACCGGCAAAAACUGAAACCACUAAAACUCAGCCAGAGAAAAAAGAAGUCACUAAAGUAAAAGUAGAAAAAAAUGUUAAACCAACUAAGGCUGCAGAAACACCCAAAGUUCCAGUAGUUAGUGAAGUUAAACCAAGUAAGGCAGCAGAAACACCCAAAGUUGCAGUGGUUAGUGAAGUUAAACCAACCAAGGCCGCAGAAACACCCAAAGUUGCUGUGGUUAGUGAAGUUAAACCAAGUAAGGCAGCAGAAACACCCAAAGUUGCAGUGGUUAGUGAAGUUAAACCAACCAAGGCCGCAGAAACACCCAAAGUUGCUGUGGUUAGUGAAGUUAAACCAACUAAGGCUGCAGAAACACCCAAGGUUCCAGUAGUUAGUGAGGUUAAACCAACUAAGGCCAUAGAAACACCCAAAGUUGCUGUGGUUAGUGAAGUUAAACCAACUAAGGCUGCGGAAACACCCAAAGUUGUUGUGGUUAGUGAAGUUAAACCAACUAAGGCAACAGAAACACCCAAAGUUCAGGUAACAAAAAUAGAUGUUGCUAAAGUCAAGGUAGUGAAGACAGAAACAAAGGCGAAACAAGAAGCGAAAACUGAAGUCACCAAAGUCCAGCCGGUCAAGACGAUAGUUAACAAGGUUGAAAAUGUUAAGAGCUUCCACACCCAAAAGCCUCCCUUCCUCAAACCAGUCCUGAAGAAAGAGCCACCAGCCCCUGCCCCUGUUCCUGUCCCACCAAAACCAGAGAAAACCAAAGUGGUCGUUGAGGUUAAUAACGUCAAAUCCACCUCCAAAAAACUCCCUCCCUUCGACAAGACUGCGAUCAGCGGCACCAUCGUCCCUGUGCCGAAGAAAACGGGCAACGGUUAUCAACAGGACGUAGAUACUGCACAGUCUGAGGCUGGCCCCACCCCCACAGAGACGGAUUAUUAUUAUACCUUAGAGGAGACAGCGGCCCCCCAGCCAGAGAAUGAGGUGAUUGGACAAGAAGAGACCACCAUCCAGGUGGAGGAGGUCGAUGCGACCAAGGCCGGGGGCGAGGCUGACCCCUUCACGGAGGAGUAUGUGACUGGAGACAUUGGCAUGAAGGAAUACGAUUAUUCCUACAAGGACUACAGCGAUCCACAGCCCGAGGGGGAGGCCGAAGCCAAGAUGGGCCCCGCCCUGUCCGCUGUGACGGACGAGGGAGGCGCCUCAGUGAAAGCCCUCAAGGGAGAGAAGGGAGAUCCUGCUGUCAUGGAGCCUGGCAUGUUGAUUGAAGGACCCCCUGGACCAGAGGGACCAGCUGGUCUGUCGGGUCCCUCUGGCCCCUCCGGCCCCCCUGGCUCUGUUGGUGAUCCUGGUGAGAGGGGUCCUCCUGGCAAGGCAGGAAUCCCCGGGGCUGAUGGCAUCGCCGGACCCCCAGGAACCUCCGUCAUGCUGCCUUUCCGGUUCGGCAGCAGUGGAGGAGAUAAGGGCCCCAUGGUGUCGGCACAGGAAGCUCAGGCCCAAGCCAUCCUGUCUCAGGCCAGGCUGGCACUGAAGGGACCACCUGGACCGAUGGGCUACACUGGUCGCCCAGGACCACUGGGAACGCCUGGCAGUUCAGGUCUGAAGGGGGAGAGUGGGGAUCCUGGACCUCAGGGCCCCAGAGGACCCCAGGGGUUAGGUGGACCCCCGGGCAAAUCAGGAAGAAGGGGACGUGCCGGAGCGGAUGGUGCCAGGGGAAUGCCUGGAGAGUCUGGAUCCAAGGGAGACCGUGGCUUUGAUGGCUUGCCUGGGUUGCCGGGAGACAAAGGUCACAGGGGUGACUCAGGAGGCUUGGGUCCCCAGGGACCACCUGGAGAGGAUGGAGAGAGGGGAGACGAUGGAGAGGUUGGACCCAGAGGGCUCCAAGGUGAACCAGGCCCUCGUGGUUUGCUCGGGCCUAAAGGUCCCAAUGGUAUCCCUGGACCUCCUGGUGUGCGUGGAAACGAUGGGCCCCAUGGUCCUAAAGGAAACCUGGGACCCCAAGGAGAGCCAGGCCCCCCUGGCCAGCAGGGAACCUCAGGAACUCAGGGCAUGCCCGGACCCCAGGGAGCGCACGGCCCUCCAGGAGAGAAGGGGCCCACAGGGAAGCCUGGUCUGCCAGGGAUGCCCGGUGCUGAUGGACCCCCUGGUCAUCCAGGAAAAGAGGGACCACCUGGGACCAAGGGUAACCAGGGGCCCAACGGCCCCCAGGGAACUAUUGGCUAUCCUGGCCCUCGUGGAGUCAAGGGAACUCAAGGUAUCCGUGGUCUGAAGGGACACAAGGGAGAGAAGGGAGAAGAUGGCUUCCCUGGAAUCAAGGGUGAUUUUGGAUCCAAGGGAGAGAGGGGAGAGGGUGGCGUGCCUGGCCCCAGAGGAGAGGACGGUCCUGAGGGGCCAAAGGGUAGAGUUGGCCCCCCUGGUGAACUGGGGCCCCUGGGCCUGGUGGGAGAGAAGGGAAAACUUGGUGUUCCUGGACUUCCUGGUUACCCUGGUAGACUGGGACCUAAGGGAUCCCUCGGUUUCCCAGGAUUCCCUGGUUCCAACGGCGAGAAGGGAGCGAGGGGUCUGAUUGGAAAGUCUGGACCGCGAGGACAAAGAGGACCCACGGGCCCCAGGGGCCAGAGAGGGCCCAGAGGAUCGACGGGAAAAUCAGGAGCCAAGGGAACAUCAGGAAGUGACGGCCCCUCAGGUCCACCAGGCGAGAGGGGACUCCCCGGACCUCAAGGUGCCAACGGUUUCCCCGGACCAAAGGGACCUCCAGGCCCCCCAGGAAAGGAUGGACUGCCUGGACACCCCGGCCAGAGAGGAGAAGUUGGUUUCCAAGGCAAGACUGGACCACCAGGUCCUCCUGGAGUGGUGGGACCCCAGGGUCCCUCAGGUGAGACAGGGCCCCUGGGCGAGCGCGGCCACCCCGGGCCCCCAGGCCCCCCAGGAGAGCAGGGUCUGUCUGGAGCCUCAGGGAAGGAGGGCACCAAGGGAGACCCUGGUCCCCCCGGAGGCCCUGGAAAGGACGGCCCCCCAGGCCUGAGAGGCUUCCCUGGAGAGAGAGGACUGCCUGGCACCCCGGGAGGCGGAGGACUGAAAGGAAGUGAAGGCCCUGCAGGGCCUCCUGGGCCAGCUGGAUCCCCAGGGGAGAGAGGCCAGGCUGGCACAGCCGGCCCUGUGGGCCCCCCAGGAAGACCAGGCCCUCAGGGGCCCCCUGGGAACGCUGGCGAGAAGGGAGUACCCGGAGAGAAAGGGCCGAUUGGGCCAGCAGGUCGUGAUGGGGUCCAAGGCCCAGUGGGUCUGCCUGGUCCUGCUGGAUCUCCAGGGGUUCCCGGAGAGGACGGAGACAAGGGAGAGGUUGGAGAGCACGGCCAGAAGGGAGGAAAGGGUGACAAGGGAGAGCACGGACCUCCUGGUCCUCCAGGGCCUAUGGGUCCAUUGGGUCAGCCUGGUGCCGCUGGAGCUGAUGGUGAGACAGGAGCCAGGGGACAGCAGGGGCCGUUCGGGGCCAAGGGAGAUGAAGGAACGAGAGGAUUCCCUGGGGCCCCCGGUCCUAUCGGACUGCAGGGACUGCCUGGACCCUCAGGAGAGAAGGGAGAGACAGGAGACGUGGGACCCAUGGGUCCUCCCGGGCCCCCUGGACCCCGUGGCCCUGCUGGCCCCAGCGGUGCCGAUGGUCCUCAAGGCCCUCCUGGUGGUCUUGGUAACCCUGGUAACCUCGGAGAGAAGGGAGAGCCUGGUGAGGGUGGACCCCCUGGAAUCGGAGGAGAGCCAGGAAAGAAGGGCCCUCGCGGAGAGCGCGGUGACAAGGGAGAGUCGGGACAGCCAGGCACUGCUGGACCAGCAGGUGGAAGAGGACCUACAGGAGAUGAUGGACCUAAAGGAAAUCCUGGCCCUGUUGGUUUCCCUGGCGAUCCUGGUCCCCCUGGUGAACUGGGCCCCAGAGGUCAAGAUGGAGCGAAGGGAGAGAGAGGAGAGGACGGUGAACAAGGACAAGCUGGCUCUCCUGGACCUACUGGUGAGAACGGACCACCCGGCCCUCCUGGAAAGAGGGGUCUGGCUGGAACGAGAGGACCAGAGGGACGGCAGGGAGAGAAGGGAACCAAGGGAGACCCAGGUGCCGUUGGCCCCGCAGGGAAGACAGGACCAGUCGGACCCCAGGGUCAGCCAGGCAAACCAGGAACUGAGGGUCUGAGAGGCCUUCCUGGAUCAGUGGGUGAGCAAGGAUCUCCGGGUCCUUCAGGACAGAAGGGACCUCCAGGACCCCUGGGUCCCCCCGGUCUACCAGGGCUUCGUGGAGAUGGCGGCUCCAAGGGAGAGAAGGGUCACUCCGGUCUCAUCGGGCUGAUCGGGCCCCCGGGAGAGCAGGGAGAGAAGGGAGACCGGGGCCUGCCAGGGCCUCAGGGAACCUUUGGAUCCAAGGGAGAAACUGGUAUGCCUGGUGGAACUGGUCCUCUGGGACCUGCUGGUCCUGCUGGUUUGCCUGGACCUCAAGGUAUCAAAGGAGCCAAGGGUGCAAGCGGUGGUGCUGGUCCCAAGGGAGAGAAGGGAGUCCAGGGACCUCCUGGAGCUCCAGGCCCCCCAGGCGACGUCAUCCAGCCACUCCCCAUCCAGAUCCCCAAGAAGUCCAAGCGUUCCAUCGAUGCCUCCAAGAUGCUCGCCGAGUCCGAUGCCGAGGCCGGCGCGGCCGACGCCACGGGCAAAGACUUCCUGACGGGCACGGAGGGCAUGGAGGAGAUCUACGGCUCGCUCAACUCCCUCCGACAGGAGAUCGAGACCAUGAGGUUCCCCCUGGGCACCCAGGAGAGCCCCGCUCGCACCUGCCAGGACCUCAGACUCAGUCAGCCAGACAAGCCAGAUGGAGAGUACUGGAUCGACCCCAACCAGGGCUGCUCCCGAGACUCCUUCAAGGUCUUCUGUAACUUCACCGCAGGAGGGGAGACUUGCCUGUACCCCAGCAAGAACGUUGACACAGUGAAGAUGAAUUCGUGGAUCAAGGAGACUCCAGGCUCCUGGUACAGUCAGUUUGCAACAGGCAGCAAGCUCUCCUACGUGGACUCCAACGGUGAGCCCGUCGGCGUGGUGCAGCUCGGUUUCCUACGCCUGCUGAGCGUCCAGGCCCGCCAGAACCUCACCUACCACUGCCAGCGCUCCGCGGCCUGGGCCGACGGCACCGCCAAGAACAACCACAAGAGGGCGCUCCACCUCCAGGGCGCCAACGAGGAGGAUCUCAGCUACGAGACCAGCCCCUACAUCAAGGCUCUCGUGGACGGAUGCUCUUAUCGUAAAGGGCUCGACAGGACAGUUCUGGAGGUGAACACACCACAGGUGGAGCAACUCCCCUUACUGGACGUCAAGAUCACAGACUUUGGGGAGAGCAACCAGAAGUUUGGCUUUGAAGUGGGACCUGUGUGUUUCCAGGGCUAAAACUAAAACCGAAAGAGACACACAGACACAUUAGAAAUAUACACAUACACUGACAUUGACUCGGACAUUCACAGUCUGACACAUACACACACACACACACACAUGCACACUCAUGCACUUAAAGACACACAUAGAGAAUACAUGGCCGAUAAUAUGUAAAUUAAAUUGAUGACUUCACACUCACACACAUACACAAACACACACACACAGAUGCUGUUGUGAGAUCGACAUGCACUCACUCAAGUACAUGCCCAGGGAACAGAACACCUCCCAACAGAGUGACGGACGUGAAGAGGAGAAGAAGAGCCAAUUAGAACACAAACACAAACUCUCGCGACCAAGGAGAACCGCAAAAGAUCGACUGUGAGACAACGGAGCUCGAGUUCGGAACCUCGAGCAGAAUAAAACUGUGUUCUUCUACAGCGUUAAGACGGCCUUAGGUGCCGACAAACUACCGCCCCCUGCCCCCACCCCCUCUCAAGCCCCCGCCACCCCCCCCUGCUCCUCCCCGCUGUCUCUUGCUCUCUCUCCACUCGUCUCACCCAUUCUACCUCCUCUGUCUGCCCUCACCCAGCCCCCGCACCCUUCCCACCUGUACAUGUCCCUAGUCAAGCCCCUUCCUGUGCCUCACUUCCUGUCGUAAGGUAACUUAGAGAUGACCUGGCUCUCCACCUCGUCCAGGUGUAUAUGGGUAACUACCGCGUUUCCGUGGCGACCGUGAAGCUCGUAGGAUUUCAUGUCGGGGUUUUAUAAAGGUAUACAUUUCAGUGUUUUUUUGACUUUGAGUACUGUCACAAUAAAGUCCUAACAGCAAUGUACAUGGUCUCUGAACUGAAUAAGGUUGCAUGCAAACAGACCCAUAACGCUGUCUCCUCUCCUCCAAGUAUCAAUGAAUCAAAGCCAUUAACCUUGUAAAUUGUAUUGAACUUGAUGUAUUGUACGUGUAUUUUAUAACUGUUACAAAACUGUCUUAAACAGAAACAGGAAGUAUAGUAGAAAGAUCAGCUCUGAUUGGCCACAACAAUAAUGCCAUGGAAACCAGUCCAGUAUUUAAAUAUUUUUUUGUUUUAACCUUUUUUCAAGCACGGAAAACAAUCAUCAGGUGGUUAAAUAUGUAUGACUUUCAUAGUUGCCGCAAAACUAAAACUAAAAGAUUAUCUUCAGCCAAUAAAUGCAGGCUUUCAAAAGGAGCUACUUAUACUGAAACUUGGUGUUAUUACUACAGAGAAAUUGUUUCCUUUAGUCUUUUUCACAAUCACAUACUGAUGUUGUGGCCACGUUCCCAUACUGGAAAUGUGCGUUACAAUCCAUUUGUACAGAGAUGGUGAUAUUCUAAUGUAUUUAUUAAAAAAACAAGGUGCUAUAUAAGGAAAACCAAAAACAACCAAAUACUCCAGUCGAAUGUGGUAUUUCAUUUUUUAUUUAUUUCCUGUAGUUAUCACAUUGACGGUCAUGAGAACGAUUAAAUGCGUAUUAAAACCAAAAA